AUGAACGCGUUUGCAGGCAGCAAUAACAACAACAAUAAUAAUAAUAACAGCUUGGUGUUUGGAGGAGACGACUUGAAGACUUCAAGUACCAACGCAGAUAAUAACUCGCUGGGUGCAAGUGACAAGUCAACAGUAUCGACCAAUAAUAAUUGCCGGUUUUCCCUUGUGGAUAAGCCGGACGAAACUCCCUUUUUGCAACGACUACAAGACCCCUUUGAGACCACGGUUAUAAUGAGUGGCAGUCUCUUCUCUGAAGGAAGACCAAACUUGGUACCACCACCACCAGGCUUUGAUAGCACUCACGAUAUCACCAAAUGUCGUCGGCGAGAGCUGCAGCUUCUGCAAUUGUCGCCAUGGAAGAAGCUGUAUCUGGAUAAAGGCACAGUGGCCGACACGCAAGUGAUUUCCAGGAACAAAUCCGUGUUUGAAGAUACCCAAGUAAUAGAGCAUAAUAAUACUGGUAAUAAUAAUGCUGGUAGUAAUGAUGCUGGCAAUAAUUCUUUGACUCAACGAAUACGCUGUCUUCCUGAUCGUCUUGAGUUAUCUCCGGAACGGAGUCUUGUCAUGGCUCAUGAUGAUAACGAUAUAGUAGUGGUAUCCAAUCCUGAAGCACCUCGGUCAAAGACUAUUAUGGGACCUACACAAAUGGACGAUGAUAAUGAUGGUGAUGGUGAUAAAGGACAUUUUUUGUCUAUGGAAACUCCAACACAGUUACGAUUGACCCAGAAAGUACUAGCAAAUCCAACAGCAGGAGAAAUCACAGACAUUUUCGAUACUCUGGCGUAUCAACCAGAUGCUAAUGAUUCUUUGGGUCAGAUCAGGUUUCUUGCUUCGCAUAGAGAAGUCCCCAACACCCAAGAUAGUAUUUUAGAUGCGGUGGGGAAUGUUGUUCUGGAAGUGGAAGAAGACGAAGACGUUGAAGAAGAAGACAUUGAAAUAGUAUCAGAUGAUGAGGCAGUUUCUAGAAACAAUUCUUUAAUGGAUACUCAAAAGAUACAUAUGACUCAAAAGACUACACUAGCACCUUCAUGUUUUGAACACCAGCCACUUAUAUUGGGUCUGGGUUCACCGACGGUGAUUUCAGAUUCUUCUCCUACAGCUAAUAAGCAAUUUAGAACAGGAACAUCCCAAAUUCCUGACACUUCCAACACUCAGGUCAUAAAGACCGUAACUUUGCUUCCAUCGUCGCCGACUUUGAAACACGAAGAGGCUAAGAUUGAUUUUGGUCGUCAUGCUAAAGAUGAAAAGACAUUCACUGAUGAUCAAGAAGAAAUAAUGAUUCCAAAUACUUAUCAAAGGAAGCAUAAGUUCGUUAUAGAUUCCCAGAAUGAAGAGGGCCCAUUUAAGAGAGCCCGUGCAUCCCCUGAGUCUCCAGAACUUUUACGAGAAGAGCCACUGACUGUGAUGACAGAGAAGGACAUUUUGCAUAAAGGCAGUGUAUGGGCAUUAUACAAUGUUCGAGUUUAUUCUGGAGUCUUACUUUCCUUGGGAGAAGAAGUUCUGGAGGUGGAGUUUGAAGAAGGCACAUACCAGAUAAAGAACGAAGACUUGCAUUUAUUGGAUAUACGAAUUGGAGAUACCAUUCGAGUGAAAUCGAAAGUCGCCAGGUUUACCGUCUCUGGCUUGAAGAAGACUCACAAUGAUACCAACAGUAUAUGCUGUGUUCGAGGGUAUAAUUCUGUAUUGUUGAAAAGACAGAAUACUAAGACCAAAUCGUUCCCUGAAAUAGAGGUUCCGCUUUCGGAAUGUUGGAUGGAGAUUGGAGAUUUGAUGAACCACCAUCAAGGCAAUGCUAUGUUGAUCAAAGGAAGAAGUAGAUCCCAAUUUGAGUCCUUUGGAGAGCUCUGCGAUGUAAUUGCAGAUAUUGAUGUUGGCUGCUCGUCUCCAUUAAAUGCUAAUAAUAUUACUAGUAAUAAUACUGCUGUUAUUGAUGGAAGUAGUCCUGUUAAAGGACAUAAAAGCCGAUCGAGUCCUAUUAAAUCAAUUAGAAGUGAAGAAACAAAGUUGUUCUCAGGAAGACUCUUUGUUAUCACUAGUGUAUCAGGCAACAAGCAGGCACUUUGUGAUGUGAUUUUAAGAAAUGGAGGAUCAAUAUUGGAAAGCUUUGAAAAGCACUUGAGGUGUGUAGCUGAUGAUCAAGGGGUUUGUAUUGUUAUAGACGGGCAAUUGGCCCAUUUCAGAUUUGCAUGUGUUUUGUCCACCAGCUACUGUCGAAGUGCUAAAUAUUUACAAGCCCUUGCAUUAGGGUGGCCUGUUGUUUCUGAUGCUUAUAUCUUUGAUACCAUAAGGAACCCUGGUAAUCUUGAAUCAUGGUGUGCCUAUUUAUUACCUUCAGGGAAGUCCAAGUACUUGGGAGAUGCCGUUAAGAGUAUGGAUAUUUAUCCGUUCCGGAAGAACUACGAAGACCAAUGUACUCUUAAUGAGCAGCUUCGUCUCAACAGUGCGCUACUUGGAGAUAUUAAUGUGUUAAUACUGAAACUAAAUAUGAGCACCAUGGUUUUGGAAACAGCUGUAUUUAUUUUCCAUGCCUUUGGGGCCAAAAGCGUGGAUUACAUUGUUGACAUGGUGGAUAUUGCGUCUACUAUCCAAACCAUUAAAGGUGGUGGGAACAAGACCUUGGUGUUUGAAGUGGGGUCAAAUGUAAGAAAGAGUGUGGAGAAUUCAUUUGACAUUCCUGAACCGCCUCGGAUAACCAGAAGUCGAUCAGGAAUUGCUCAAAACUUGUCAAAUAUUCAGCAUAGUCAUGCUACAGUUGGGUUUGUUGAUUGGGAAUGGUUAGUACAAUGUGUUAUUAGUAAUCAUAUUUGGGAACCAGACUAUUUUAAUUUUUAA